AUGCUGAACGGCAUGCAGCCAUCGCUAGUUGUUUUAACAUUAAUAUUUGCAUAUUCGCAUACAGUCAAACCACCUGGAUAUGCGGAACCACAAAAAACAGAUGCAGAUCCGAAUCCUCCAAAAUACGAAUACGGAUACAAUAUAAUCGGAGAUAAAGGAGAAAAACAAGGAAAAGAAGAACAAAGAGACGGUAUAUAUGCUUCUGGAAGGUAUUUCGUUCAAAAUAAAGAUGCCAGACAAGACGUCCAGUAUUUCGCCGACGAUUGGGGCUACCACCCAGCUGUAGAAUAUGGCAACGUCGGACCGCACAGCAAAUCAAACGCCAAAUUCGCCCUUGGUCACGAAGCAGUUAUACAACUAAGAAACAAAGAGAACAACCUACCUCAACUUGAAGGUCUUCCAGAUACCGGUCCGUUGAAAAAAGAAGGUACAAAUAUACAAUCGAUCAAAACACAACCACCAAAUUCUCAAUUCACUUUCCUGGAAUCGAAUAGUCGACAAACAAACUACGAUCCCAUAAAACAACAACAACAAAUCGUUCUACAACAAUCAGACCAAAUUAUUCAAGAACAACAGCAGAUUAUUAAUGAACAACCACAGCAAAUCGUUCAAGAACAACAGCAGAUUAUUAAUGAACAACCACGACAAAUUGUUCAAGAACAACAGCAGAUUAUCAAUGAAUAUCCACAGCAAAUCGUUCAAGAACAACAGCAGAUUAUUAAUGAACAACCGCAGCAAAUCGUUCAAGAGCAACAGCAGAUUAUUAAUGAACAGCCACAGCAAAUCUUUCAGGAACAACAGCAAAUUAUUAAUGAAUAUCCACAGCAAAUCGUUCAAGAACAACAGCAGAUUAUUAAUGAACAACCGCAGCAAAUCGUUCAAGAACAACAGCAGAUUAUUAAUGAACAGCCACAGCAAAUUGUUCACGAACAACAGCAGAUUAUUCAUGGGCAGUCACAGCAAAUUGUUCAAGAGCAACAGCGGAAGAUCGUCCAAGAGCUGCCCCAGCAAAUUAUCCGAGAGCAACAGCAGAUUAUCCAUGAGCAACCACAGCAAAUCGUUCAGCAGAUUAUUGAAGACCAGCAACAAGUAUCUUACGUUUAUAACCAACAACCGAUUGCUUAUUCACAACCUCAACAAGUAAUUGUUCAACAUAUCCAACAACCUAUUGAUAACGUGAUUUUUCCUCAAUCUACACCAAGUUCUGUAGGUGAAAUUAAAGCGAUUCAUCAAGAAGAUGAGAGAUUACGUGAAUCCGAUGAACGAACAAACACUUACCAACAAUUCGGAGUUAGAUACCAGUCGAAAGAACCAAACAAAUUGAUAACUAAUACCCAGAAUUUGAUUAACGGUCAAGAUGUUUUAGAUAUCAAUAACGCCGUCUCCAGUACUGUUACAGAAGAUUUUAGCUUCAAAUCGACGACUCCUUGUUCUGCUUUUAAAGAUCUAACUAGAUCUAAUUUCGAAGAACAACCAAUAGUAGCAGCAGAAAUAGAAAAUAAUCUAGUAUCGACUACAGAAAGUAUUUUUAAUGAAAAAGAACAGUUUGUAUCGACGAUAGGUAGUACCAACAGUGAUAUAUAUACAACUUUCGAAUCAACUACACCUACACCAACUGUAGUAGUAACUCCAAGACCUAAUCCUGUUACAACUAGAUUAGAAAGUACCAAAAACGACGAAGAAAACUAUAGAAUAAAUAAACAGAACGUUCAAGUCGAAAUACAAAAGACAAUUCCGUACUACUUGGGAAAAUACGAUUCCUCCUCGGGAUACAUCAGUACCAAGAACGAAUUAGAACUCGGUAAAACGUUGUUGUACCUUCCCGGGCAAUUCCAAUCUUCAACAACGAAACCAGAAGUUGAUAAUGACGUUAAUAUCCAGAAAUUACCGAAUCCAACAGUUGAUAAUCGAUUCGUAGAGUUAGAUCAACACCAAGCCGUUUUUCAACAACAAUCGGGGGUACUUAAUCAACCUUACCCGAUAAGAGUACCGAUACCAGUUGUAAAACAAGUAACGGUACCAGUACACGUGGAAAAAGUUGUUGAAAAACCGAUACAUAUAACGAAAAUAGUCGAAAAACCUGUAGCGGUACCACAACCUUACCCAGUAGAAAAAAUCGUUGAAAAACCAGUACAUGUUCCAGUACAAAUAACUAAAUAUAUAGAUAGACCUUAUCCUGUUGCAGUUAGAGUACCUUAUCCUCAACCGUAUCCUGUUGAAGUUAGAGUACCGGUACAUAUCGAUAGAAUAAUAGAAAAAAAAGUACCAGUACCUCAUUACAUAGAAAAACAAGUACCAGUAGAAAAGAUAAUCGAAAAAAAAGUACCGCAAUACGUGGAUAGACCGUAUCCAGUACAUAUACAAGUACCUGUACCCACUCCAGUGGCGGUACCUGUCGAUCGUAUAAUAGAAAAGAAAAUUCCAGUACCACAUUAUAUAGAAAAACAAGUACCAGUUGAAAAGAUAGUCGAAAAACCAGUACCGCAGUAUAUCGAUAGACCUUACCCAGUACCACAACCUUAUUAUAUAAGAAUAGAAGUACCAAGACGUUACCAAACGGUUAAAUACAUACAAAAACCUUACGCCAAUUGGCCUUUACGUAAUGAAUGGAAUUACCAAGUUAAAACGAAUUUAGAACAAUUUCAACGAAAUAUUAAUACCGAAGUACAAACGAGGUACUUAAAUAAAGAAAAAACCGCCGAGGAAAGUAAUUCGGACGGUUAUCAUUAUCCUAAUCCAUAUACCUACGCGCCUAAAUUUUAUUUACCGCCCAAACAAGAUUUGGUUUUAAAUAAAGGAUAUUUACCUCCUUUAAGUCAUAGUUGCGAUCAUGGUGAGGGGAAAGAUAACCAUAAUUAUGUUGGUUUAUCGCCACCGAAAGCAGAUGAGGGAGUUUCGAGGAAAUACCGAAGCGCUAGAUCGAAUUUCAACGACAAAAAUAUUAAAAUGGAAUAUGGAUUUAAGCCGCCUCUAGUUCCGUCUUUGGAAAUCGACGAGUAUGGACAACCGGUGGAAAAAGAUGAGAAAUAA